AUGCCGUUCUGUCGGCUCCGAGUCAACGCUUCGCUGCAGCCGUCGUCUCGUCGUCGGACGAACCGCUCGUGGGAGGAAUCGUGAGGCGUCCGCAAUCCACGAUCCUUAAAUGCAUCGUUGUUUGCGACUUCACUGUACAGCCUGACCUUUCGAAGUGCAUUGUUUUUACUACUAUCCGUUUUCAUGCUAACAAACAAAGAAAAUUGGUAUCAAAUUUAUAUGAUCAACAAAAAAUAAUUUUUAAAUUUAUUUUUAUUUUUUCAAAAUACGUUACAUUGAUCUUAUCAAUGAAAAAAUCUAUAAUUUUAUCAACUUCUAAACCUAGAAUAUUAAGAAACGGUAAAAUUGUAAUUACAAAAAAUAAAAAUAUAGUUAAAAAAAAGUCUAAUUUUAAAGAAAAAAUAAAUGAUAAAUUAUCUUUUAUCAAAACAAGCUCAAAUGAAAUUAGUAAUAUAAAUGUUAAAAAUAAAAAUGAAUUGGUAGUAGCUUCAAAUUAUAACCAUAUAUUUGAGAAUCGUCAUGUAUAUGUAUUGCUUACAAAAUUACCAUCACCAUUAGUAAUUGAUAGAGAUUUGUUUAAUGAUCUAAACAAUAACAAUAAUAAAAAUUAUACAAAAUUAGAAGAUUAUAUACAAUCAAAUGAACUUCAAAUAUAUAAUAAUCUUGAACCAAAAAUAGAAAAGAGUAAAAUGUUAACUGCGACAAAAAAAACUAAGCAGACAGGUAUGACAUCAAGCUCUCUUGAUAAUAAAAGUAUUUCAAAAACUAAAUCACGCAAUCAUUCAAUAAUUAAUCAAACUUCUGAUGUACGAAUUACACGUGGGAAGACAAUCAAGCUUCAAACAGAAGAAAGAAAACAAUUAGAUCAAAUAAUGUUUAAUAAAUUUCCUGAUAGCACAUUUAAAAUGUUGGCUAUACAAAUGUAUGAUAUUAAUAAAGAAGUUAAAUUUCUACGAACACUUGGAUUGAUAUGUCGUUUUAAAUGUCCUUUGAAUUGUAAAACUAAAAAAAAAACAUAAUUAAUAUUAUUUAUAUUUUGUCUGGAGGUCACAUAUUU